AUGCGCCCUCACAAUUCAAUUGACACCAUUCUGAAUGGCCGUCACUACCCAUACAAAAACGAGGACAGCAAGGAGCGCCAGACCGGCUGCGUGUCCAGGGUCGUGAGUCAUGACCCCCACCGCCUUGGCAGUUCCGUCGCCGGCGCCCCCGCGGCUAUCGCCACUCCUCCGAACGCUGAGGAGGCCCCCAAGGAUCUCGAUCCUCCAAAGGCUCCACGCAAGAAGAAGGGCACCCAGGAGAAUGGCGAGGAUAUCUGGGACUUCGAAGUUGACGAGGUCAACCGGUUGGCGCGGUCAAACGCCCUUUCGACUCUGGGGAAGACUCGAUUCGACGGCGAUGGAGGUUUUCAUGUGGGGCAGGAGUGCACCGCAUGUGCACCCAGCGCGAUCAUGGCCCGCAUCAAGAAAAAGACCGUCAAGCCUCGAUAUGACUUGAGGAACCGUAAGGCCCUCGGGGCGCCCGAGAGGCGCAUGGAUACCGCGUCUCCUGCUGGGAGACGGCCUUGGAAAGGUUUCACGAUACCUGCGCAGGCUGCUGGAGGCUCUGGGGAUCCUGGUGUUGAGGCUGGAGCUGCUGUUGCUGGCGCGAAGCUGCGAAACAGCCAUCUGCUCCACCGCUGGCUUUUGUACUAG